AUUUGCAGCCAUUUCUAAGGCCCCAGCUCCAGCAUCACAUUCCGGUACCUUGGUAUGAUGCAAUUGUAACUCUAUUGCCGCUCGGCUCAGCGUGCGGAGUUGGCCUGCUAAUCCAAACACCAAAAUCCAUACCAAGCUUAUCUCCGCGCACAACAAUGUUUCCUCCAUUCAAUCCCCAGUUUCAUUCCUUCUGCCGUUUUCUCUUGCUAUGAAAUUAUUUCCAUCACAUUGUUAUCGCUCUGCGAACCGCCUCCACUCCAACAAUCCAUAAAAAAUGGCAUGGGCAGUCCGCCCCACCCUCGACAGCCUCCCAGACGAAGUCUUGCACACCAUUCUCUGCUACUCUCCCGCAAGCACAGCACUAACCCUAGAACGCACAUCCCGCCGUUUCCAAAGCGCGACAAACGUUCCUCUCCUCUGGCGCCUGUACUGCCAGAAAGAUUUCAAAUUCUGGGACCACCGCCAUGAGUUCCAACGACGAUUGGCUGGGCCUGUCAGCGCGGUGGACUGGAAGGCGCUCUAUGCGCUUCGGCGCCGCAUUGAUGUCACCACCACGCAGAUGUUAGAUAGUAUUCUUAUGAACCAGACGGGGAGGAUUGAGAAAACGCAUCGCAUUGUGCAGUUUGGGUAUGAUGCGAAGGAUACGUUGCUGCGCCAUGCGACGGUUGGGGAGGAGUGGGAGGAUCAUUUGGCGAGACGGUAUCAUAGCAUCGCCAUCCUCGGCUGCCUUCAUCGGACAAUGGCUAUACCUGUAUGGAAUAGAUUGAAAAACAAGGAGGAUAUCCCGUUGGAACGCGCGCUGGGGGCAUUUGACAUGUUCGUUUUGGAAGCUGGGCCCGGGGAUUUUAACGAUAUCUCAAAUUACCUUGAGAGUAUCGUAACACGAUUGUCCAAAGAUUGCGCAGUGAUCAUGGAGCUAAGCCCACGAAACAGAGCGAGAAGGAUAGCUAGGUAUCUACGGGAACAUGAUCUAACCGGUAUCGACCCAAAAAGGGAGUAUUACAAUAUUGAGCACAAUUUUAUAGGUCUCGCAUUAAGGAAUCACGGCCAUAAUUCACUUCCUCUCAUUUCUUCAUCUAUAUACUGUUAUGUUGCACGGAGACUUGGCCUUGAUGCCCAUCCCUGCGGAUUCCCCUUCCAUGUUCAUGUCAUCAUACACCCUGCCGAAGGCCGCGAUAUGGACGGAAACCCGCUCGAGGACCUCAGCAAACCCGGCGAUCCCAUGUACAUGGACCCGUUCCGCUCAACAGAGGAAACGCGGGUAACUGAGCUGCAGGAACAGCUGAACUUUUUGGGAGCCCUGACGAUGUCCCGGUCGACCUUUUUGCGCGAAUCGCUCGUGCAGGAGAUAGUUCUUCGCUGCAGCAAGAACAUUCUGAACUCGGUCUUUCAGACCCCGCGCAUCCGGGACACCUGCCUUGAUCCCGUUAACGUGAAGUAUGCCGCGCUUUGGUCUUCCAUGCUCCUUGCGGAAUAUGCCAACCAGGACGGCCAGGUGCCGGGCGUCUUCCCACCACGGGACGUUGGUCAUGGUCAUGCUUCCCUGCGACGCCAUCUGCCGGCGUUGAUGGAUAAUCUUGCUUCCGAUUUCCAAUCGGAUGUCUACCUCAUCGAGGAGUACUUGAUACCGCUAUUUGAGAAUCUGCCGGAAUAUGCCCCGCUACUGGAGAGUGUUCGCGUCCUGCGUGCGGGUGAUGAGAUCCCGAAACAGGUGCGGAGCCGCACGCCGGAACAUAAGCAUGUAAAAUAUAAGAUCGGACAGGUGUUCCGACAUCGUCGGUACGACUAUGUUGCUGUCAUUACUGGCUGGGACGCCGAGUGCGGAGCUGGGGAGCAGUGGAUGCAGCGGAUGGGGAUUGAUAGGUUACGGGGUGGCAGACAUCAAAGUUUCUACCAUGUUUUGGUAUCCGACAAAAGCGUACGAUACGUGGCAGAGGAAAAUAUUGAUCCAGUGUCGCCAGAAAUUUCUCAGUUACCACCAGCAUUUGUGAAGCUGGCUGGUAAGCAUUUUAAGAGGUGGGACCCGGAGUCGCGGGUGUUCGUUAGCAAUAUUCGAGACGAGUAUCCGGAUGACUGACCUUGGUGAUUGAUCGUGGUUGACAAGCGGGGGUUGGGUCUCCUUUUGGGAAACCAAUGGUUGGCGUUAGGAUGGAUCCCCCAUAUAUCGAAAUAGAGGCAAUAAUGCUUUGGCUUGGAUAUUUCUCUCGUUCCCCCGUCCCUUCCCACUUCUUUAAAUAUGAAAAUAAAAAACCUUCUUGGGCUGCGCAAAUAGCCUUAUUGGAUACCAACUCUAUCCAUCAAUGCAGCGGUCUCUUGUAAUGUCAGCCCUUCCAACUUCCCAUCCUCUAGCUGCACAAGAAUAGGCAUAUUUUGGAACUUGAGCAAUGCAGCCAACCAUUCCAUGACAUAUUCCUCAAAUCUUAUGAAGGGACAUUUCUCUAAUAUUUCCCCUAUACGUGACUCCCACCCUUUGUCUCCAUCAGCGCCAAGAAGGGAUGCUUUCACUGAUUCCCUCACAGACUCCCAUUGGGCAACCUGAGCUUUAUAAUCUUGUGCAAAAUUUUCAUCAUCAUCAUCACCCUCGAAUUUGUAAGGAUAAUCCCACGCAAACGCCUCAUUUGCUGCUUCCGUUAUAGAUUUGCCCUGUAACAGAAUCUCCUCAAUAGCAGCAAACAACAUAAACCGAACCGGCAAUUCCAUCCAGCUGACGUCUGGUAUGUCGUGGUGGUAGAUCAUCCCGCAGAGAGAUAUACACUCUGGUAAAAUAUCUAGGAGGGUGACGAUGGGUGUAUUGUCAUCACCAUCUUCGCAAGGGAUGCCCAUGUGCAAGUACAUGUCCCGUCGAUUCCGCUCUAGAAACGACCUGUCAUCCAUAACCCGCGUACUUCCAUCCCCGCAGCUGAUUUUGUGAUCUUCAUUUUGAAGUAGCCAGCGCUCUGCACGCUCCUUGUUCUGCUUUCUUUGGGCUUGGAGCGCGUCUUCUGACGGGAGAAAAGUGCGGGAGCUCCGAGUAUACCGUCGGCACAAGAGAUUUGUAACAGUGAGAAUCUGAAGUUUGAUUUUCACGUGUAUGGGGAAGUUUGCAUUAUUAUUAUUAAGAUCAGUGUUAUUUCUAUCAUUCCUAUCCUUGCUGUCGCUGCUGGUAUUGUUGAGAUGAUUGUAUCGAAAUAUUUGCAUGAAUCCUGCCCGCGAGUAAUAAUUAGUUUUAUAGUUAAAUACCAGAUUAUCUCCAUUUUUAGUUCUAUGCCUCGACUGUGCCUGCUCGCCAUUCCGUUGAGCCACUCGGUCCUCAACCACCGCGAUUAUUGUCUUGUAAAGCAGGUAGUCGAGCGUCAUUAGGUCCACUUCCAACUUCAGCUCUGUAUCUUCUGGAUCGGAGGUCAUUCUUUUUUCUCUUUCGGAUUGUGUAGACUAUGUUUGAAUCCUGACAAUUCUCGAAAAAACCCGCCGUUGUUCCUGGGUGAAGGUUCUAUCUAUAUUUAGAGAAAAGUCGCGUGUGCGGGGCUCGUGUUUGGCGGUUUUUAUUGUGGCGCGAGACACAACCCACUCCUUUUCUUUCGUUGAAGAUGAAUGAAUGAAUAGUUAUAUAUGUCAGUGUUGAUUGAGGGCAUUCACGGUCAAUGAAGGCUUGUCCGUUUUUGGUUUGUACGCUCUACGGAAAUUUUAAACAACCCCUUGAAACGAAGAGAUACACGAUGCUUCAUCAUGUGCUUCAUAAAACGGUAAAAUACUGGGUGCACAAAUAUCAUUCCUUAUAUAUAAUACAAA